UUUCAAGCGUCAGAAAGUGAAACCAAAAAACAGCGCUCAGUCAGUUUUCGUUCCGCAGUUUUUCGUUCGUCGUCGCUAGUUCUUUUUUUUGCGCUCUCUCGGAAGAAUUUGCUAUCUUAUCAAAUUCGACCUCGGAAAUGUCCGUGAGGCGUGCUUAACGCGGUGAUGAUAGCAGGGUUGUGGAAUUUACGUCAGCAGCACAUCUAUCGGAUCGAUUGUGGAUAACCUUUGGAGGAGGGAGUUGCAGCUGUAGAAUCAUGAGCUCCGGAAGCUAUGACUCGACGAUCAUCGCGACCGUCACGCAGAAGUUUCGCGAGGGCGAGUCCAUCCUGGCGAUCUUUGAAGCGUACCAGAUCGUGGGGGCCAAACACCAGAACCGGCUGCUGGUCGUCGUCAGCUCCAACUACACGUCGGCGCUGUUUGCCUUCUCGAUCGCGCGCUACCCGCCGGAAAGCAUCUCCGACCUGACCGUGGUCGUCGUCUACCCCAUCGAUGAGUCAUUCUGGCUCAAUUCAGAAUCCGGCGCGGCCGGUUCCAUCUCGAGCCACCAGUUCACCAUCUUCUCGCAGAAUGAACCGACGGUGUACUACUACCAGGCCACACCGGACACGCUUAGCUCGCGGGACAACUUUAUCUCCAAGCUGAAGGAGCUGGUGUCGGCGUACAAGAGCGCUUCUUCUCAGGCUGCGGCCGCGAGCUUCCCGUUGGACUUCAAGUGGCUGGAUUAUUACAAGCGGGCGGAUCUGCAGGCGAUCGAUCGGAACAUAGCGGACGGUAGUCAACCUCCGAAGACGCGGGACUCCAAGUUUAAGGAGGAGUUGGAUCGACGACGGCACGAGUACAUUGUGUACGGGCCGUACAAGGUCUACACGGGGACGUGGAACGUGAACGGCCAGACGUCGGAGAACAUCGAGCUUCCGGAGUGGCUUUCGACGACGGAGGAUCCGCCGGACAUUUACGCGGUGGGCUUUCAGGAGAUUGAGUGGACGCCGGAGAAGAUUCUGAUGAACGAGACGAAGAUUGACCGGACGUGGGUGAACAAGGUCAUGAGUGGUCUGCAUAAGGGGGCGCCGUACGAGGAGUUGGCGUCGGUCCGGUUGGUGGGGAUGAUGCUGACGGUGGCGGUGAAGAAGUCGUUGCGGGAUCAAAUCUCGGAUUGCCUGACGGCGGCGGUCGGGACGGGGACGUUGAAAUGGGGUAACAAAGGAGGAGUCGGAGUGAGCUUCCAGCUGAACGAAGCCUUGCUGUGCUUCGUCAAUACGCAUCUGGCUGCCCACACACAAGAGGUGGAUCGCCGUAACGACGACCACGACGAAAUCAUCCGGAGAAUGUCGUUUGAGAAAACGUUCCGUGGUCGAUCCAUCGACGAGCAUCAUCACAUCUUCUGGAUUGGUGAUCUGAACUACCGACUAAACGGGGACAUAACCCAGGAGUACGUGAACGACAAGGGCCGCGACUACAACCAGCUGUAUCCGUUCGACCAGCUGUACCAGGAGAAGCUGCGCAAGCGAAUCUUCCGCGAGUACAAAGAGGGCAAGAUUCUGUUUGGACCGACGUACAAGUACAACCCCGGGACGGACGAUUGGGACAGCAGCGAGAAGAGCCGGUGUCCGGCGUGGUGCGAUCGGAUUCUGUGGAAGGGGCCGCGGAUAGAGCUGCUCAAGUACGACAGCGUGAUGCAGUUGCGGAGGAGCGAUCACAAGCCGGUGUACGCGGUGUUCAAUGUGGAUGUCGAAACUAAGGACGAACACAAGUUCAAAAAAGUACACGAAGAAGUAUUGAAAACGGUGGACAAAUUUGAAAAUGACAACCAACCUCAGAUAACUGUCGAACAAACCGACAUCGACUUCGGUCUGAUUCGGUUCAACGAAAAGUAUUCGCGGGAGCUGCUGGUGGCGAACAAUUGCCACCUGCCGGUGCGGUUCAAGUUUGCCGCCAAGGACGACCGCACGAGCCAGGUGUGCGAGGACUUUAUCCACAUUAACCACAAGUCGGGGGAUCUGUACACGGGCAAUAGCUUGAGCAUUCGGAUCGACAUUUUUGUGGACGCGAAGGCUGCGUCGGGGAUGUUGCGGAAGUUGAAGGACGCCAAGGCGGGGGUGAAGAUUCCGUUGGACAUUCUCGUGCUGCACGUGGACAAGGGACGGGAUAUUUUUAUUACUAUUUUUGGCGAGUACAAAACGAGUUGCUUCGGGGUGACGCUGGAGACGUUGAUGAAGCUGAACAAGCCGAUCUUUGAGUAUGACAUCAACGAGAUCAUUGCGCUGGAGAAAGAGGAAAAGCUGCUGGAUUUGACGGACGACGAGAAUCUCAAGAUACCGCGAGAGGUGUGGCGACUGGUGGACUAUUUGUACAACAACGGGUUGGACACGGCGCAGCUGUUCACGACGAACAGGACGCACUCGCGGCAUGAGAAUAUCUUGGAGAUUCGCGACUGGCUGGACAGUUGGUCAUCGGAAGCAUUUCCCGGCAUUCCGAAAACGGCCGCGGAAGCAUUGCUGAUGCUACUCGAAUCUCUACCGGAACCGGUGGUCACCAUCAGCGAGCGCGAGUGCAUCGUCAACGCGGACAACUACGACCGCUGCCGGGAGCUGAUCCGGACCAAGCUUAAGCCAGUCAACCGGCUGGUCUUCUUGUACGUUUGCAUGUUCCUGAUCGAACUGCGGCGGAGAAAUCCCAACAUGCGACUGGAGUUGCUGGCCACCAUCUUCGGCCGAAUCAUGAUCCGAAGUCAGCUGCCACCAGCGCGGCCAACCCAAACCGGUGGUGCCGGGGACGUGUACGCGUACACCGAGGGCGAGCGGGACCAGCGGCGACGGUUUAUGAUGACGUUCCUGACUAGUAAGAUUCAGGAAUUUGCGCGGGCAGAGAUUGGUACUGGGAACUAGCAGGACUUUUUCAAGUACUUCCA